UUGAAGCAUCACAAACAUUGUUGUCAAAGCUAUACAAACCUGUCUUUUAGUCUAGUACUAAUUUUUCAUUUCAUCAGUAUUUAAUAUUUAAUGUUUGUACCAUUGUAUUGUUUUAGUUAAGUUAUUAAUAAUUUUGUAAUAUGGACGACACAAUGGAAAUCGAAACCAGUGCAGGUGACCAAAUUGAUGACCUGGUGGAUUAUCAAAGUGAUAAUGAGCUUCAGCUUGAAACCGAUCCAAUAUCUGACUUACAAACUCAAGAGAUUCGAAUUGUUUUGCAAGAAGAGGCUCAAUCAAAACAAAUUGUUAAACUUGAUGAUCAAAAAAUGAGCGAACUAUAUAGUAGUCUGGGUGUACCUUUAGAAGAAAUCAAUAAAAAAUGCUCGAAUUGGAGGUUGAAUGUUGUUCAUAUUAGAGGAGUCCAAGAAAUGAAUACAAAUGACGUACUCGAGCUUUUCAAUGAUUAUGAACCUGAUUUCAUUGAAUGGGUCAACGACUUAUCAUGCAAUGUAUUGUUUGCCGACAGUCGCGAUGCUGCUACUGCCUUACAUGGUCUAUCAGAUGCUUUGCUUUUAUACAAGAGUCAAGAUAAUUUAGAAGGCAUUCCAGAUGAUGUCGAGGUUAUUGAUGCUAAUUCUAUUGAUUAUCCUGUUCCUCCAAAUCGAUGGAAGCUAGGUAAACCUCACCCAAAAGCUAAAUAUCUUCUAUUGCGUUUCGCAAAUAAUGCUGAUAAAAAAAUGCCAGGCGCUAGAAAGCAUAGCAAAUUUUAUGAGAAGUACGGGGUUCCUGAUCCAAAAGAAAGAAGUGAAAAAGUAAAAGAAGCUCCUAGGAUAACAAUAAGCAAUGAUAAAUUGAGACGAAAUAUCUCUCGGACAAUAGAGAAUGAUGAAAUAGUUGAAGUUGCCAUAAAAUCGACCAAUAUAAGUCCUUCCUUAAAUAUGAGAAUGAAAGCGGAUCUAGAAAGAGGAUUCAAAGAUUUGUCUUCUAGACUUAAAGGCAACUUACGUCGUCGUAUUGGUGGAGACAAGAGACCUAGAGGUUCAGUCUGGGAUCGCAUUCAAACUACUGAUUCUCGUACUUUCAAUAGGAACAGUCGAACAGUCAAAGUCAGUAACUCAGGGUUGAGAGUUUUUUCACGCCUUGGAAAGCCAGGACGUCGUGAAAGAUGAUUUCGCUUCCUUGUUCAAUUGAAUUCACAAGAAUUUAUUUGAAAAAACAACUAAUACGGCCAACGCAAAAAAUUGACAACUCAUUACUCGAUCAUUCACUUUUUUAGCCCGCGAAUCAUUUUUGUCUUUUCAUUGUCAAAUCUUCUUGACUUUCACUCAAUUCUGUAAAUUAUUUCGCAUCAACUUGACUAUAAAAUAGCAUUUUUGUACAAUCAAAAAGACUUCAGUCAACAAUUAUAAAGCGUUUUGGUUGAA